GAGAAGUCUAUUUAUUCUUUCUCAAUCAAUUUAUUCCGAAGGAAGCGAAGCCAAACUACACGAACUGGAUUGCAAAAGCCAGGGGACCUCUGUUCAAAACAGACUUGCGAGAGGCUUUUAGCGCACCUUCAACCUCUGGGGCAAGGAGGAAACAGUCCCGAUAGCUAAAAGGGAAAUGAGAUCAGUUCUCAAGGCAUUGCAGAAGCUGGGCUCGGUCUCGGCUGCCCAGCGAUACAGACAGUCCGGUGCCCUAGCUCCGACUUCCUCCUUCCGCAGACGGCCAUGGGGCGCCGGACUGGUCUGCUCUGUGUCUGUUUCGCGUUGCAGUUGAUGGGGGCACAGGCGCAAGCGAGUAAGGACCGCGAGGAAGAGGCUGGCAGCGCGGAUUUCCUGAGCCGCCAGCAGUACGAGCAUUUGCAGAAGCAGCUCGGGGCCGUGCGGGACGUUUCCCACCGGUACUGGCAUUCGCUGGCUUGCCAGUUGUGGCAGGAAGGCUGCGAGGAAGAGGAGGAAGGCAGCAGAGGCAUCCUGGGACAGCACGAUUGGAAGUUACCCAUGGUGACAGAAUUAGUCUCUACCUGGUACUGUGGCUUUGGCAGGUGCUGCCCAACAGGAGACUGCAGAGUGGUCAACAAUAUCACAGGCUUGGAACUGGUUCUGAGCAAACGACUCCAUGGCCAACAUUUGGCAAAAAAAAUUGUCCUGAAAGCCAUUCGGGGUUUCUUGGAAAAACGACAGCCCGAGAAAGCACUAACUCUUUCUUUUCAUGGCUGGUCUGGUACUGGCAAGAACUUUGUAGCUCGUUUAAUGGCAGAACAUCUUUAUCGAGAUGGCCUAAAAAGCGACUGUGUUAAAAAUUUUAUCUCAGUACUUCAUUUCCCUCAUCUCAAUUACAUGGACCUUUACAAGGUUGAGCUAACAAAACAAAUCACCGAGACAGUCGGACUCUGUGAACAAUCCUUGUUCAUCUUUGAUGAAGCAGAGAAGCUUCAUCCUGUUCUCCUCAAGGCCCUCGAACCAUAUGUGGGUCACAAUGGCAACACUGACGAGGUUGAUUACCGGCAGUCAAUCUUCUUAUUCCUGAGUAACACUGGUGGAAACAUCAUCAAUAAGGUGGCCCUGGAUUUCUGGCAAGCUGGUCAAGCUAGGGAGGAGAUCACCAUGGAAUAUUUAGAACAACUCCUGCGGAGGGACCUGCUGGAUGCCCCAGACACCCACAACUUUCUUCUUCAGAAGAACCUCAUAGACUUUCUGGUCCCUUUCCUGCCUCUGGAAUAUCACCAUGUGAAGCUGUGUGCUCGGGAUGCUUUUCUUGCUCGAGAUCUACAGUUCACUGAAGAGAUGCUAGAUGAGGUUGCAAGGACAAUAUUUGCUCCCAAGGGGAAUAAAUUAUUUUCUGCUCAAGGUUGCAAAUCAGUAUCUCAGCGUAUAAACUAGUUUCUUCUUUGACAGGGGGAAGGUGAAGAUUGAAAGUGAGUUUCUCUUAUCUUAUACAAGGGACAUAUAUUUUAUUUAUUACGCUAACUAGUGUAAUAUUACCUGUGUUCUCCAUAUUAUUGGGGUUGCUCAGCUAAAAAAGGUAAGAAAACUCCAUUGCGGAUAUCUAAUCUACAUGAAAUGGUUUGACUGAAAUAGUAAUAUAUCCAGAGUAUUUUUCCAAUACUGGUUACAAAUGAUGCCUUUGGGUCAUAUUGUUAUCCAUUAUAUUGAGUGGGUUUUUAAGACAGCUUGGAGAGAAGAUAUGUGAGGCUGACUUAAUUUUAUUCCAGGUCUUAGAUAGCUAACAAUGAUUUGAAUCAAACAAAUUCUUAGUCUGCAUUCUUAGUGCAGUGGCUGGGCAAGGAGCGAUCAUAUUCCCUUACAAUGAAAUCUACCUCUUCCACAAUCCUUGUGUCGAAUUAAGGUAUGGAGGAAAUAUUUUGUCCUUUAUUAGUGGCCUGGUGUCAAUCUUCAUUUUAUAUAUAUUUAAUAUCUUUCUAUCUAAAUAUUUCACAUGAAUAUACAUAUCAAAAGACAAAAUAUGUGCCAUUCUUUUUAUUAUAACUUUUACAACAGGACAAACUAUAUACUUCCAGUCCAGCACUGAAAUUGAGCAAUAAGGUUCCAGUUCUGUGUGAUAAAAGUACUCCUUGUAUAAACCACUAUUUGCUGGUAUUGCACUUCCGUUGUCUUUGUAGAUUAAAAUGUUGAAUGGAGGGUUGCUUUUGUGGGAUAUUGAAGUUUGGCAUUCAUAGCAGGCCACUAGCUUUGUCAGAAUAAAUAUACACAGAUUUAGCUAGCCAGAUAUACUCAAUUUGUAAGAGCUAUGUAUGUACACAGACUGACUGAACACGGAAUUUAAGUUUCGAAAAAUACACAAACCUUGUGCAAAAUUGAACCAUAUGGGGAAGACCAAAGUGACUUUGCAGCAACAUAGGUGUCCCCAGCAUCUGAUCCUAGUUCAAUCCCAAUUUAGAAGAAUAAAUGUUAUAGAUUUUAGGGCAAAUGAUAGAAAUUGGGUUUUUUUGUUCUCACAUUUUAGUGUUAAUGCUUCACAAAUGUAAAAUACAGGUAGAUCUCAUUUAGCAACUACCUCAAGAUUAUGAAGAUGAUGACAAAGUAACUGUUAGACACAUUUGCCAUUACAGUCAGUACAUGCCCUGUGCUUGAGCUUCCCAUCACCACUAACCCCACUUAAAACUAGUGAUCUUUUCUUGAACUUUCUAUCACAGUGUUUUCUUCUCAAAAAUGCUACCAGCAAGUUAAGAUGCCAAGAUCUAUGAUUUUAAUUAGCCAGUUUUUAGCUGAUAC